AUGCUGGCCGAUCCCAGCUGCUUCGACCUCGCCGCCUUCGCGCUUCUUGUGCGGGCAGCCUUUCGGAGCCUGCUGGAAGCCCAGGCCGAUGUGGCCAUGCUAGAUCAUCCAGACCUGAAACAUAUUGAUCCUUUGGUAUUAAAACACAGUCAUGCAGCACUUGCAACUUGUAUACUGGAGGCAGGAAAGCAGAAAGCUGACAAGUCAACUCUGAGCACAUGUCUAGAAGACUGCAAAUUUGACAGAGAAAGAAUAGAACUCUUUUGCACUGAAUAUCAGAAAAACAAGAAUUCUCUGGAAAUCCUACUGGGAAGUAUUGGCAGAUGCCCCCUCCUUAUAACUGAUGUUUCUUGGCGUUUGGAAUAUCAGAUUAAGACCAAUCAACUUCACAGACUGUAUCGACCAUCAUAUUUGGUGACCUUAAAUGUUGAGAAAGAGGAUCCUAGAUCCCACCCUGACAUUAGCUUUAAUUGCACUAUGGAGCAAUUACAGGAUUUAGUGGGAAAACUUAAAGAUGCCGCUAAAAGCCUGGAAAGAGCAACUCAAACGUGA